CCCUCGGUGCCCUCCGAACUCUGACCGGACCUCGGAGGCUGGCGCAGCGCGCGGCGGCGACACUACGCAUGCGUCCUUCUGUCCUUUGAAUGGGGGCCGCGUUCCUCUUCCUGCUGGCAGCGGCGGCAGGGCUGCUGGCCGCAUUCCCGGCCCUGAAGCUGUGUCGCAUGCUUCACUCCCGGCCUGCGCGGCUCCGGGAAUCCCUCAGUCUCCUGGUGGUGGCCGGGUCCGGUAAGUCUCCGGGCUGCCCGCGGAGGGUUCGGCCGCGGCACUACAACCCCCAGAGUGCACCGCGGCCUUCUCCCCGGUCUUCUGGGCGCCGUCGGGAGCGAGGUGGACAUACCACUGAGAUCCUGAGGCUACUUGGGAGCUUAUCCAAUGCUUACUCUCCUAGACACUAUGUUAUUGCUGACACGGAUAAAAUGAGUACUCAGAAAAUAAAGGAGUUUGAACAAAACCGAGCUAAUCAAGACCCCAGUACCAGGUCUCUGAAGUACUAUGUCCACCACAUUCCAAGAAGCCGUGAGGUCCAGCAGUCUUGGCUGUCCUCAGUGUUCACCACUUUGUACUCCAUGUGGCUCUCCUUGCCUCUGACCCUGCGUGUGAAGCCAGAUCUGGUGCUGUGUAACGGACCAGGAACGUGCGUUCCUAUCUGCAUAUCUGCUCUUCUCCUGGGGAUCCUAGGAAUUAAGAAAGUCAUCAUUGUCUACGUUGAGAGCAUCUGCCGAGUCGAAAAUUUAUCCCUGUCCGGAAAGAUUCUGUUUUACCUCUCAGAUUACUUCAUUGUUCAGUGGCCCACUCUUAAGGAGAAAUAUCCCAAAUCUGUGUACCUUGGGCGAAUUGUCUAACAAAUGACAACUUCUCUAAAAUUUUGCUAUCAACAGUGUUUAUUAUUGGUGAGGGUAUUUAUUAGAAAAUUUGGGGUGAUCAGAAGUGAAAAAUGUAUAGGGUUGGGGAGUUGCCACAAGGGUAGGGCACUUGCCCUGCGUGCGGCCUGCCAGGACUCAGUCCCUGCACCUAGUCUGGCCCUCCUGAACCCCACUACAAAUGAUCCUUGGGUAUCACCAGGUGUGACCCCAAAUCAAAGCAAACGAAGUUUUAAAGAUGUAAAUAUACAUAUUAAAAAAAGUGGAAAAGUUGGAGGCUGUCCUUAAGAAAAACAGACACUAAGUAAGCCAUGAAGUAUAUACGCUUCUGUUCACCUCAUUCCUUUUCUACCUGAAGAGUCUAUCCUUAUUCAUAAAGGCCUUCUGCUAUUUUAGUAAUGUUUCAUCUGGAACUAAAUAGAAACUUGCAUGAUUAGUAACAUUGCCUGUUCCAUAGCUUUUCUUUUUUUCUUUUUUUCUCCCCUCUGUUUUCUAAGCAGUGCUCUGCAUUGUAAAAAGGAAAGGGGGGAAUAAAGGGUAUUUCUUCAUUUUUGUUCAGAUCCAGCAGGCUUUAUUUCCUGUGUGGAAGCAGUGGGGUCUCGAGGGAGUCCACACAGCAGAGGAAGCAGUCCUGUUAAAUUGGCUUUACAGCUGUUUGCGCACCACGGGCUUACAGGACCUUGAGCAUAAACCAGUGUCUUUUUUGUGUUCUUCAGUUUUGUUUUGUGAGUAGUUGGCUUCAAGCCAAAAUAUCUGUUAAGAAUCUCAUCUUUAAUUAUUACAUUAUAACCUCUGUUAUAGUAAUAAAUACUUGACUUUUAAGGUGAUUUUUACUCAUAAUUCAGACCCUCAGAACAUUUUAUAAAAAUGUUUUAAUAAAUGUGCAAUCUUGUGUCUGAA